AUGAAUAUUCUUGAAAUUGUCAACCCUGCUAAAUGUUCUGAGCAAGAUGAUGAAUCUACAAAACCCGAUGAAGGAACCAUUGCUAAAUUGUUGGCACAAAUAUUACAAAAUAAAUCCAAAAAAGCUUGUAGUUUAACGCAAGAUGAAGGUCAAAGAUUGUUAUUAAGGGAACGCCGGUUAUCAAUUGAAGAACGCGAAGAUGGUUCAGGAUUUUUUCUUUUUUUAGGUUAUUACAGUUUUGUUGCUUCGGAGUCUUCUUUUUUUGUAGGUCAGACAUUCUGGAGUUCUCUUUCUUUUUUUGUAGGAAUGCUAACCUUUGGUGACUUGGAUGAUUGCAGAUACUAUAUGAGGAGGGGGUUUUGUUCCAAUUUUUUUUUGUUUUUUUUAGGUUAUUUGACUCCAAAUGAACCUGAACUUGUAGAUAAUUUUGGUUGCAAUAGGUGGUUUUAAUAAGCAGGGAAUUUUCAUAAUAUAUUUGUAUUUUGUUUAUUUUUUAUUUUUUAUUUAAUUUAAUAAAGUAAAAUUAGAUUUAU